AGCGACAUGGAGUUCGCCGGCUCCUCUCCAGGAGCCAAAGAAGACUCCGAAUCGUUGCUGAACGCAGCUAGUGUUGAAAGUGUUGUUCGAUACAUCAAGAAACUUGUUCAUCUUGUUACAGAAGCAGACGAUGAGUCGAUCAUGUCGUCUGACCUCGACCGGGCCUUCACUGACUCUACCAAUCUUGCUGUCAUCUCCAAGUUCAUCACCAAGCCACAGACUCAUGCAAUAUCGAUUCAGCGCACUGUCCUUAAGGAUGAAACCGAAGAAAGAGAGAGUGGUACUGGUUCGCAGUCAGAGGACCCCUCAGCUGGUGGAGCGUCUGCUACGAGGUGUAGGUACUACGUUGAUGUAGGCGUGAGUUACCGAGGUAGCCAUGCUACGGCUGUGGCUUUGGUUAAACGAGGGCCGGUCAUUGAAGGUGACAAGCCUCUGCAUUCGCAACUGAGCAUCGUGAAUUUGAAUGAAGACUCUCCGUUUGAGACGCUGCAUUCUUACAUGCGAGAGGUCGUUGCGCCGUUUUUCAAAUCGUUCGUUCAGAGUUCAGGCAAGGCUGACAGGGAUGGAGAUAAGAUGGUUCCAAGCGUGCAGAAGAACAUCAGUGAGCUUGAGAUUGGACUGCUGCAUUUGCAGCAGAAUAUUGAUAUUCCGGAGAUUACACUUGUGGUUCAUCCUGUUGUGCAAAAAGUUGUGAAAAAAGCUCAAGACGAGGAACGUAAACCCAAAGUUCAGGACUUUGGUAACAUGGUGGAAGACUCAACUUUCCUCAACGCUCUGCAGAAAGAUGUGAACAGAUGGAUAAGAGAGAUACAGAAGGUAACAAAACUGGAACGAGAUCCCUCAUCUGGAACAGCUAUGCAAGAGAUUAGCUUCUGGUUGAACUUGGAUCGUGCACUUCAUCGUAUCCAAGAAAAACGAGAAGGGACAGAGAUUCAACUUACUUUGGACGUCCUCAAACAUGGCAAGAGAUUUCAUGCCACUGUGAGCUUUGAUUCAGACACUGGACUUCAAGCAGCUCUUGAACGAGUGAAAGACAACAGUGUUCUCAUGAAGGAGUUCCCACUUCAGGAUCUGCUGGCUGCCACAGACUUGAAGCAAAUACAGUCAGCUAUCGUUGCAAUAUUCACUCACUUGAAGAAAGUCAGGAACACUCAGUACUCUGUGUCUCGAGCCUUGAAGCUUAUUGAAGCAAUCUCACGUGAUUUGGCAUCACAGCUCUUGAAGGUUCUGGGCAGUUGGCGCCUUGUUCACAUGUCAUUUGAUGAGUUUGGGAAGAUCUUGAAUGAGUGCACAAGUGUCUUCCAAGCUUGGGAAGAAGAGUAUGAAAAGCUGAUUAAUUUACUUCGUGAUCUUGUCAGGAAGAAGCGUGAUGAUUCAGUCAAGAUGUUGUGGCGUUCUCAGCUACAUCAUCGCAAACUUCAAACACGAUUCGAACAGCUGCAAAAAUUUCGAAAGCAGCACAACCAGUUGUGUCAUGUAAUCAGACGUGUUCUUACUCCAUCUGAAACAACUCGAGAAGCAGCCAGUGCAGUGGAAGGAGGAACUGGAGGUAAUGUGGAUGAGGCAUCUGAUCUGAGUGCAAUAGAUGAUGUAGAGGCAGCCUAUGAGACUGUGAAGUCAGUCAAUCCUCUUGACAUCACAAAGGAAGGCAUUGAGGCCUGGGACAGUGCCAUGAAACGGUAUGAAGAACGAAUACAUCGAGUGGAGACCAGGAUAACAGCACGUCUGCGAGACCAGCUGGGCACUGCAAAGAAUGCCAAUGAGAUGUUUCGCAUCUUUUCAUGCUAUAAUGCAUUGUUUGUGAGACCUCACAUUCGUGGAGCAAUAAGAGAAUAUCAGACACAGCUCAUUCAGAGAGUCAAGGAUGAUAUAGAGCAACUACACAACAAAUUCAAAAUCCAAUAUCCCAAUACGAGUGCUUAUGAUAUGAGUAAGAUGCGUGAUUUGCCACCAGUUUCUGGUUCUAUCAUUUGGGCUCGUCAGAUUGAUCGCCAACUAACAACGUAUUUGAAGAGAGUUGAGGAUGUGUUGGGUAAAGGAUGGGAGGGUCAUCUUGAAGGUCAACAGCUGAAACAGGAUGGUGAGAGCUUUAGACAGAAACUGAACACUCAGCGGGUUUAUGAGGAGUGGAUUCACAAGGUGUCCCAACGUCAACUCGGUGUGUCUGGCAAAAUAUUUAGCGUUGUUGCUCAGCGUGGCCGACCUGGUCAAAAGAGCCAGCACCUUCGGUAUAUUGUGAACUUUCAACCUGAGAUCAUCACUUUAGCUAAAGAGGUGAGGAAUCUCAAAUGGCUUGGAUUUCGAGUUCCUCUGGGUAUUGUCAGUAAAGCACAUCAAGCCAAUCAGCAGUAUCCGUUUGCCAUUUCUCUAAUGGAAAGUGUCCGAACAUAUGAGAGGACAUGCGAAAAGAUUCAAGAACACCUCACAAUUGCACCAUUAAUUGCUCGUCACAAGAAGGAUGUCCAGAGUGUCAUUCAGGAGGGCAUGGGAGUGUCAUGGGAGUCAUUCAAACUUAACCCCUAUGUUGAGAAGCUUGCAGAGUGUGUGAUCACUUUUCAAGAGAAAGUUGACAGUCUUCUAGUUAGCGAGGAUCGGGUGCAGAAAGAGCUGCGUGCCCUAGAAACGUGUCAAUACAAGUCAUCAACAUUUUCUGACGUUCUCAGCCGCAUACAGAAAACAGUUGAUGAGCUGAAUCUUCACUCUUAUGCAAAUCUAAGUCAGUGGGUUGCCAGCUUGGAUAAAAGGAUUGAAGAGCGUUUUGCUGUAAGAUUGCAAUGUGGCAUUGCUUCAUGGACAGAGAGACUGCUGACGUAUGCCAGCCAAGGAACAUUGGCGCAGGAGAGUUUGGCAGACACCGACACUACUGUUAGCAGUGGUGUGGUUCACAAACCUGGAGGAGAUCCAGAAUUCAAUGUGAUUCGGCAUGAAAUCCACAUAAAGAAUCAAGUUCUUUUUCUUGAUCCUCCUUUGGAAGAGGCAAACAUUCGGCUGUCGGAACAAUUCCAGCAAUGGAUGAAUGUUGUGUGCCUUCAAACACGCAUACAGAGUGCUCGAUAUCAGGUGGGUUUAGCAGUUGACUAUGGAAAGAAGCGAGAACUGACAUACAGAAAGAGUCUGUGUUGUCAAAGAAAGAUUACGGAAUCUAUGUCGGGUGCAUCUAAUGCUGUGUCGGAGUUAGUGCGGAAAGUGGGAGAAUACGUAAAAGUGUGGUUGCAGUAUCAGUCACUGUGGGAUAUGCAGCCUAGCCAUGUGUAUGAUCGGUUGAGUGAUGAUCUCAUGAAGUGGCAGUUGUUACUUCAGAGUGUUCGUAAGUCUCGAACAACAUUUGAUACUUCUGAAAGAGAGAAACAGUUUGGGCCAGUCAUAGUCAGCUAUGAGCUGGUGCAAGCAAAGGUCAAUUUGAAGUAUGAUUCUUGGCACAAGGACAUCUUAGCUCAUUUUGGCCAGAAGCUGGGUGGCAGCAUGACCGAAUUUCAUAGCAAUGUGUCAAAGGCAAGAACUGAGUUAGAACAGCAGUCUAUUGAAGGUGCCAGUACAAGUGAAGCGGUCAGUUUUAUCACGUAUGUUCAAAGCUUGAAGAGAAAGACAAAGUUUUGGGAAAAGCAAGUUGAGGCAUUUCUUUCUGGUCAGAAGUUGCUUGAGAAGCAACGCUUUCAGUUUCCUCAAAACUGGUUAUACACUGAGCAAGUGGAUGGUGAGUGGGGAGCAUUUAAUGACAUCAUGAAUCGCAAGGACAUGGCAAUACAGAACCAAAUGGGAACAUUGCAAGGGAAGAUAACACUGGAGGAUGAGCAAGUGGAACAGAGGACCGUGGAGCUAUUGGCUGAAUGGGAAAAAGGAAGACCAGUCCAGGGCAAUCUUCGAUCUGAGGUAGCUCUAUCUGGGUUGGCUACAUUUGAAAGCAAGUUCCAAAGAAUCAAAGAUGAGCGUGACAAUGUAGCUAGAGCUAGAGAGGCACUGGAACUACCUGACACUGGUAUUAUUACUGGUAAUGAUGAGAAGAUGGCUGUUGCCCUUGAAGAGCUUAUGGAUCUGAAGGGUGUGUGGAUUGAGCUGAGUAAAAUCUGGACUCAAAUUGAUGAACUCAAAGACCAACAGUGGCUGACUGUAGCACCAAGAAAGCUAAGAGGAUCCCUUGAAGGUUUACUGAAUCAACUCAGAAAUCUGCCAUCUCGCCUUCGUCAGUAUGCUUCUUAUGAGUAUGUUCAGAAAACUCUCAAGAACUACAUGAAAGCUAAUAUCUUGAUCAUUGAACUGAAGUCUGAUGCCCUUCGUGACCGCCAUUGGAAGCAACUGUGUCGUCGUCUUCGUGUUACAUGGGUGCCCAAUGACCUGACUCUUGGCCAAGUGUGGGAUGUUGACCUUGUUAAGAAUGAAGGGGCUGUCAAAGAUGUUAUUUUAGUAGCUCAAGGUGAGAUGGCUCUUGAAGAAUUCCUCAAGCAAGUGCGUGAAGUAUGGCAAUCGUUCGAACUGGAAUUAAUUAACUAUCAGAUGAAAUGCAAGCUAAUCCGUGGUUGGGAUGACUUGUUUAACAAAGUGAAGGAGCAUAUCAACAGUGUCGGUGCUAUGAAGUUGUCCCCAUACUACAAAGUUUUUGAGGAAGAUGCUUUAGCAUGGGAGGAUAAGCUGAAUCGUAUCUUGGCUUUGUUUGAUGUCUGGAUUGAUGUGCAGCGUCGUUGGGUCUACCUUGAUGGUAUCUUCACUGGCAGUGCAGAUAUCAAGCACCUUUUGCCGAUUGAAACAUCACGUUUCAGCAGCAUUAGUCAAGAGUUUCUUGCUUUGAUGAAGAAGGUGACCAAGUCUCCACUUGUUCUUGAUGUUCUAAACAUUCCGGGUGUUCAACGGUCACUUGAACGGCUUGCUGACCUUCUAGGAAAGAUCCAGAAAGCUCUGGGUGAGUACCUGGAAAGAGAGAGGGCAUCAUUUCCUCGAUUCUACUUUGUUGGAGAUGAGGACCUUCUUGAAAUCAUUGGCAAUUCGAAGAAUGUUGUCCGUUUACAGAAACAUUUUAAGAAGAUGUUUGGUGGUGUACACUCUGUCAUUCUCAGUGAGGAUCAAUCAAGUGUUCUCGGUGUUUGCUCAAAGGAUGGAGAAACUGUCAACUUUAAAGCUGCAGUGCCUACUGUAGACAGGAAGAUUAAUGAAUGGUUGACACAUGUUGAACGUGAAGUGAGCUUGACUCUUGCUCGAUCUCUAGCCCAGUCAGUAAAAGAUGUGUCACAAUUUGCUGCUGGUGAAAUCAACCAAAAUGAGUACAUGUCAUGGGUUGAUUCUUACCAAGCUCAGUUGAUUGUUCUGUCUGCCCAGAUUUCAUGGUCUCAGUCUGUGGAGGCUGCAUUAGUUGCUAUUCAAGAUAAAGGUGAUCGAAGCCAACUGCAAGAGGCUCUUGCUACAGUAGAAAGGACAUUGAAUGUUCUUGCCAAUUCUGUUCUGAAAGACCAGCAUCACGUGAGACGUAGAAAACUGGAACAUCUGAUUACUGAGCUUGUCCAUCAAAGAGAUGUUGUGCGGCUGCUGAUCAACAAUGGCAUUUCAAGCCCUAAAGACUUUUCGUGGCUUUCUCAAAUGCGCUUCUACUUUGAUCCGAAUCAGACUGAUGUCUUGCAGCAGCUCUCCAUUCGAAUGGCUAAUGCUCGUUUUAAUUACGGUUUUGAGUAUUUAGGAGUGCAAGAUAAGCUUGUUCAGACUCCACUGACGGAUCGUUGUUACUUGACAAUGACACAAGCUUUGGAAGAACGGUUAGGAGGAUCACCAUUUGGACCUGCUGGCACUGGAAAGACAGAGUCAGUGAAAGCACUUGGGCAUCAGUUAGGACGUUUCGUUCUUGUUUUCAAUUGUGAUGAGCGUUUUGAUUUUCAAGCUGUGGGGAGGAUCUUUGUGGGUCUUUGUCAGGUUGGUGCUUGGGGCUGUUUUGAUGAGUUUAACCGACUCGAAGAAAGGAUUUUGUCAGCAGUCUCACAGCAAAUUCAGACAAUACAAGAGGCUUUAAAGGCUCAUGGAAAAUCUGACGCUCCAAUUGCUGCCGAUUCUCCUAUCAGCGUUGCCUUGAUUGGAAAGCAAGUCAAGAUCAGCACUGACAUGGCUAUUUUUAUCACUAUGAAUCCUGGCUAUGCUGGACGCUCUAACCUUCCAGACAACUUGAAAAAGCUAUUUCGCAGUCUUGCUAUGACAAACCCUGACAGGCAACUCAUUGCUCAGGUAAUGCUGUACUCACAAGGGUUUAGAUCAGCUGAGAAACUUGCAUCCAAAGUUGUACCAUUUUUUAAUUUGUGUGAUGAGCAACUAUCCAGUCAGUCACAUUAUGACUUUGGAUUGAGAGCCUUGAAAUCUGUGCUUGUUAGUGCUGGUAACAUCAAGAGACUGCACAUUCAAGCAGUAAUGGAGAAGAGCAGUACAGACAUUGACCGAGUUGCUGGUGACGUCACUGAACAAGAGAUUCUUAUUCAGAGUGUGUGUGAGACAAUGGUUCCAAAACUUGUUGCUGAAGACAUUCCACUACUCAGCAGUCUCCUGGCUGAUGUUUUUCCUGGUGUUGCUUGGAAUGCGGCUGAGAUGCGAGCUCUUCGUAAUGAAAUAAAGAAAGUUUGUACUGAACGUCAUCUUAUUUAUGGUGAAGGAGAGGAGAUAGGUACAAGCUGGGUUGACAAGGUGCUCCAGCUCUAUCAAAUUUCACAGCUUAGUCAUGGUCUGAUGAUGGUCGGGCCUAGUGGAAGUGGGAAGACCACAGCAUGGUCUGUUCUACUGCAAGCAUUGAAAGAGCUAGAAGGAACCGAAGGAGUUUCUCAUGUUAUAGAUCCAAAGUCAAUGUCCAAAGAGGAUUUAUAUGGAGUUCUUGAUCCGAACACUCGUGAAUGGACAGAUGGGCUGUUUACACAUCUCUUGAGGAAAAUCAUUGAUAAUGUGAGAGGUGAGUUGAACAAGAGACAGUGGAUUAUCUUUGAUGGAGAUGUAGAUCCAGAGUGGGUAGAGAACUUGAACUCAGUGCUGGAUGACAACAAGAUGUUGACUUUGCCAAAUGGAGAACGACUAAAUUUACCAUCAAAUGUGAGAAUCAUGUUUGAGGUCCAAGACUUAAAAUAUGCCACUCUUGCUACUGUUAGUCGCUGUGGUAUGGUCUGGUUCAGUGAAGAUGUUGUCACAAUUGACAUGAUGUUCAACAACUAUUUACAGCGGCUACGCAGUGUACCCUUAGAUGAUACAGAUGAGAACAAGAGGUUACAGAAACCAUUUCAGUCUGGACAAGAAGAACUGGUUUCUCCUACACUGCAAGUGCAACGAGAUUGUGCUGACAUUCUCAGCCCGCACUUUUCUUCUGAUGGUUUGGUUGUAAAAGCGUUGAUAUUUGCAGCUACAAACAUGGAUCAUAUCAUGGACUUCACACGUGUUCGAGCACUCAGUUGCUUGUACUCCAUGUUGAACCAAUCUGUACGGAAUGUGCUUACUUACAACUUAAAUCAUUCAGAUUUUCCAAUGAACCAUGAUCGAAUUGAGAAGUAUCUUUUGCGGCAACUUGUGUAUUGUCUCUUGUGGUCACUAGCUGGUGACAGUAAAUUACAAUCUCGUUCUGAUCUUGGGACGUACAUUCGAGGCAUCACGACUAUUCCUCUACCGUCAACAUCUACCAUCCCCAUCAUUGACUAUGAGGUAACGAUGAAUGGUGAAUGGUCACCUUGGCAUUCUAAGGUUCCUCAAAUUGAAGUUGAAACUCACAAGGUUGGAGCUCCUGAUGUGGUUAUUCCAACUGUAGAUACGGUUCGUCAUGAAUCACUUCUCAACACUUGGCUAGCUGAGCAUAAGCCACUUGUUCUCUGUGGUCCACCUGGAUCUGGCAAGACAAUGACAUUGUUCAGUGCUCUUCGGUCGUUGCCUGACAUGGAGGUGGUUGGUCUCAAUUUCUCUUCAGCUACAACUCCAGAACUAUUGAUGAAAACGCUAGAUCACUACUGUGAGUACAGAAGAACUCCGAAUGGGCUUGUUCUUUCUCCUGCUCAAAUUGGCAAAUGGCUUGUUCUGUUUUGUGAUGAAAUCAACUUGCCAGACAUGGACAAAUAUGGUACACAGUGUGUUAUUUCCUUCCUUCGUCAGAUUGUGGAACGAGGUGGCUUUUAUCGCCUGGCUGAUCAGACAUGGGUGAUCGUGGAACAUGUUCAGUUUGUUGGUGCUUGCAACCCACCAACAGAUCCUGGACGAAAACCAUUAUCACACAGAUUUCUUCGUCAUGUUCCUGUUGUGUAUGUUGACUAUCCCGGUCGACUGUCACUAACUCAGAUCUAUGGCACUUUCAAUCGUGCAAUGUUACGCAUGGUUCCUAGUCUCAGACAGUAUGCAGAGCCUCUUACUGAUGCUAUGGUAGACUUCUAUGGCAAGUCACAGGAACGAUUCACACAAGAUAUGCAGCCACACUAUAUCUACAGUCCCAGAGAGAUGACAAGAUGGGUGCGAGGCAUUGCAGAGGCACUGAAGCCAUUAGAAACUCUUUCUGUUGAAGGACUGGUUCGAAUCUGGGCACACGAGGGUUUGCGAUUGUUUCAAGAUCGGCUAGUGUAUGACGAGGAGCGACAAUGGACAGAUGAACAGCUUGUACAGACAGCCAUGACUUUCUUCCCCAACAUGAACAAGGAUGAGGCUCUCAAGAGACCUAUCCUUUUCAGCAAUUGGUUGUCAAAAGAUUAUGUUCCUGUAGAACAGGAGGAGCUAAGAGACUAUGUGAAAGCAAGACUGAAGGUGUUUUAUGAUGAAGAACUUGAUGUUCCUCUUGUUCUAUUCAAUGAAGUACUGGAUCAUGUUUUGCGUAUUGAUCGGAUAUUCAGACAGCCUCAAGGUCAUUUGUUGCUGAUUGGUGUGUCUGGUGCUGGCAAGACAACUCUGUCACGUUUUGUGGCUUGGAUCAAUGGCUUGAAAGUUCAUCAGAUCAAAGUCCAUAACAAAUACACAGCAGCAGACUUUGAUGAGGAUCUUCGAGGAGUUCUGAGACGAGCUGGCUGUAGGGAUGAGAAAAUUGCCUUCAUUAUGGAUGAAUCAAAUGUGCUGGAUUCAAGUUUCUUGGAACGUAUUAACACUCUGUUAGCUAAUGGAGAGGUUCCUGGUUUGUUCGAGGGUGAUGAGUUUACUACUUUGAUGACUCAGUGUAAAGAGGGAUCCCAACGUGAUGGACUUAUGCUGGACUCUGCAGAAGAACUUUACAAAUGGUUUACUAACCAGGUGAUGAACAAUCUACAUGUUGUGUUUACUAUGAAUCCAUCAACUGAAGGCCUGAAGAGCCGAGCAGCUACAUCGCCAGCAUUAUUCAACAGGUGUGUCCUCAAUUGGUUUGGUGAUUGGUCAAAUCAUGCGCUCUUCCAAGUUGGUCGAGAAUUCACUCAGAAGUUAGACUUGGAAAAUUCGUUUUAUGUUGCACCUGAUUAUUUGUCUAUGGUGUAUGAAGAGCUUUCGCAGCCUCCGACAUAUCGUGAAGUUAUUGUAAAUGCAUUUGUAUUUGUUCACAAGACUUUACAUCAGGCUAAUGAGAGACUAGCCAAACGGGGAGGUGGAACUAUGUCAAUUACUCCUCGUCAUUAUCUUGACUUUAUCAAUCAUUAUGUAAAGUUGUUUCAUGAAAAGAGGGCUGAUCUCGAAGAACAGCAACUUCAUUUGAAUGUUGGUUUGCAGAAGAUUCGUGAGACAGUUGACAAUGUGGAGGAUUUACAAAAGAGUCUUUCUGUGAAGAAGCAGGAACUGGAGGAAAAGAAUACACUAGCCAAUCAGAAACUGAAGCAAAUGGUGAAGGAUCAGCAAGAGGCUGAACGUAAGAAAGCCACUUCUCAAGAAAUCCAAGAGCAAUUGAAGGUCAAGACAAAGCUGAUAGAAGAGAAAAAGAAGGUAGUAUUAGAUGACUUGGCUAAAGUUGAGCCUGCUGUGGAAGAUGCCAAGAAUUCUGUAAAGGCAAUCAAAAAACAGCAUCUAGUUGAAAUGAGAACAAUGGGAAAUCCUCCUCGAAUGGUCAAGCUAACUCUUGAGUCAGUCUGUCUUCUUUUGAGAGAGCCCACCAGCGACUGGAAGACAAUUAGAAGUACAAUUAUGAAGGAUACUUUUAUUUCUUCUGUUGUCAACUUUAGCACCGAGGACAUUACUGAUGACAUGAGGUCACGAAUGAACAAGCAGUACCUGUCUGACCCAGAUUAUAACUUUGAGACUGUGAAUCAUUCUAGCAAGGCUUGCGGUCCUCUUGCAAAAUGGGCUAUUGCUCAAAUAAGUUACGCAGAUAUGUUGAAGCGAGUUGAUCCUCUUCGCAAUGAGUUGCAAAACCUUGAAGAUGAAGCUACGUUGACUAGACAUAAGGGUGAAGAAGUGGAUUUGAUGAUUUCAGAGUUAGAGAAGAGUAUUGCGAAGUACAAGGAAGAGUAUGCUAUCCUUAUCAGUGAAGCACAGGCUAUUAAACAGGAUCUUGCCCAUGUAGAAGCAAAAGUGAAUCGUAGCAGAGCCUUGCUUAACAGUUUGGCUAGUGAGAGACGACGAUGGGAAGAAGGCAGUGAACAGUUCAAAACGCAGAUGUCAACAAUUGUUGGAGAUGUCUUACUGUCAUCGGCAUUCAUGGCUUAUGGUGGAUACUUUGAUCAGCAAUUUCGACACAGUUUGCUUACACGAUGGAAGUCACAGCUUCAGCAAAGCAACAUAAAGUUUAAGGCAGACUUGGCACUUACUGAGUAUUUGUCUAAUGCUGAUGAGCGUUUGAGGUGGCAGGCUAAUGCCUUGCCAAAAGAUGAUCUUUGCACAGAGAAUGCUAUUAUCUUGAAAAGAUUCAAUCGAUAUCCACUUGUUAUUGAUCCAUCUGGACAGGCAACUGACUUCAUAAUGAAUGAGUACAGAGAAAAGAAAAUCAACAGGACAAGCUUUUUGGAUGAUUCAUUCAGGAAAAAUUUAGAAAGUGCACUUCGUUUUGGCAAUCCUUUGAUGGUCCAAGAUGUUGAGAACUAUGACCCUAUUCUAAACCCAGUGUUAAAUCGAGAAGUGCGACGCACGGGUGGUCGGGUAUUGGUCACUCUUGGAGAUCAGGACAUAGAUUUGUCACCAUCAUUUAUGAUUUUUUUGUCAACAAGAGAUCCUUCUGUUGAGUUUCCUCCUGAUUUGUGUUCACGUGUCACGUUUGUGAACUUUACUGUUACUCCUAGUAGUUUGCAGAGUCAAUGUCUCAACCAAGUUUUGAGAGCUGAACGACCAGAUGUCGAUGAGAAACGGUCUGAUUUGUUGAAAUUGCAAGGUGAGUUUCGUGUUCGCCUUCGUCAUUUGGAGCAGUCACUUUUACAGGCACUGAAUGAUGCCAAGGGAAACAUUCUGGACAACGAUGACAUUUUUACUCAAUUGGAAACUUUAAAGAAAGAAGCUGCAGAUGUGACAAAGAAGGUUGAAGAGACUGACAUUGUGAUGAUGGAAGUUGAGGCUGUGUCUGCUCAGUAUCGUCCACUUGCUCAGGCCUGCAGCUUUGUAUACUUUACACUUGAGUCUCUCAACCAGGUUUACUUUCUUUACCAGUUUUCACUCCAUUUUUUUCUCGACAUGUUUCUUUGCACUCUGUACAAGAACAAAACACUGCAUGGUGUCACUGACCACCAGAAGCGCUUGCCAAUAAUUGUUAACCAUCUGUUUCAGCUGGUCUAUAGUCGUGUGGCAAGAGGAAUGCUUCAUUAUGAUCGUCUUACUCUUGCAAUGCUUCUUACAAGGAUCUACCUUAGGGUGACUAGCAGUGGUGAUGAUCUGUCUGAUGAGUUUGAACAUUUUCUGAGAGGAAGCGAGUCUGCCGUGAGAACAAAGGAUGUUGAAGAUAUUUCUGGUCUUUCUCGUGAUCAGGCUCUGGCAGUUGAGAGGCUUUCUAGAUUACCUGUGUUUGGACAGUUGAAGAAUCGUUUAAUUUCAAGCCAGGAGCAUUUAGCAUGGCUGGAAUCAGUCACAGCAGAGAACAGUGUUCCUGAGGUGUGGUCUACAGACAAGCCACUCAGUUCUGUCAAGAAGACUAUGUACCAGCUGCUAGUUGUGCAGGCCUUGCGUCCUGAUCGGCUGUUAGCUGUGACAGCACUAUUUGUUGGAAUGGUGAUGGGUGAGCAAUUUGUACACGAACCAGAACAAGAGCUGGAUCUAAACACUAUUGUUGAGAAUGAGGUGAAAUGCAGCAUACCUAUCUUGCUUUGUUCUGUUCCUGGUUUCGAUGCCAGUGAUCGAGUUGAUGAUCUGGCCACUCAGCAAGGGAAAUACCUGACAUCCAUUGCAAUUGGUUCCGCUGAAGGUUUUAGUGAAGCAGAUAAAGCGAUUAUGGCAUCAUCCAAGUCUGGCAGAUGGGUGAUGUUGAAGAAUGUUCAUUUGGCUCCUCAAUGGCUUGUACAACUUGAGAAGAAGUUACACAGCCUUACGCCACAUCCCAGCUUUAGGCUUUUCCUGACUCUUGAAAUCAAUCCAAAGGUUCCUAUCAAUUUGUUGAGAACAUCGCGUAUUUUGGUAUUUGAGCCACCUCCUGGCAUUAAGGCCAACUUAAUUCGCACAUUUAGCUCUGUAUCACCUGCUCGAAUGAACAAGGAACCAAAGGAGAGAGCUCGUUUAUAUUUCUUGUUGGCAUGGCUUCAUGCUAUUGUGCAAGAGAGGUUGCGGUAUGUCCCUCUUGGUUGGUCGAAGAAAUAUGAGUUCAAUGAACCGGAUCUUAAAAUGGGAUGUGACACACUGGAUACGUGGAUUGAAAAUGUGGCACAAGGUCGUGCCAACUUACCUCCAAACAAAGUUCCAUGGGAUGCUUUUAGGAUGUUGCUUUCUCAAUGUAUUUAUGGUGGUCGUAUUGACAACGACUUUGAUCAACGUUUAUUGACAUCAUUUGUGCAUCGUCUGUUUACUGUUGAGAGUUUUGAUCAUGAUUUUCCACUGGUGCGCAGUGUAGAUGAAACAUCAAAGACUAUUACUAUUCCAGAUGGAUCAAGACGCGAACAGUUUAUGGACUGGAUAUCUCAAUUACCAGACACUCAGACACCAUCUUGGUUGGGACUUCCAAACAAUGCAGAAAAAGUUCUCCUGACAGCACGAGGAAAUGACAUGGUGAUGAAGCUGUUGAGAAUGGAAAAUCUAGACUUGGAAGAUGAUUUGGAAUACAGUGCUGGUGAUAGUGAGGUGGCUAGAGAUUCUGAUGGUCGUCCUGGUUGGAUGCGAACUCUGUCAACAACUGCAGCGCAGUGGCUGUCUCUACUUCCAGAGUCUUUGGAGCCUUUGAAGAGAACAAGUGACAACAUCAAAGAUCCUCUCUUUCGUUUCUACGAAAGAGAAGUUAACAAUGGCUUAAGACUGCUGAAGGAUGCGAGAGAAGGGCUCUCUGCUGUUGUUCAAUGUUGUGACGGAACACGCAAGCAAACCAAUGAGUUGCGUUCUCUGAUCAAUGACCUCGCCAAGGGUAUUAUUCCCAAAUCAUGGCGUCGAUACAACAUUCCUGCUGAUCUGGUUGUUAUCCAGUGGGUUGUGGAUUUCAGUGAAAGAGUUAAGCAAUUGCAGAAAGUUGUCAACGCUGCUUCUCUUGGUGUUAGUGAGCUGAAGCGUAUUCAUGUAUGGUUGGGUGGCUUGUUUAUUCCAGAAGCUUUUAUUACUGCAUCACGCCAGUAUGUUGCUCAAGCUAACAAUUGGUCAUUAGAAGAGUUGCAGCUUGAAGUAGAAGUCAGUGACCCAAGUGGGCCAUCACUUCAAAUUGAUGACAGGAGCUUUGCAGUUGUAGGUUUGAAAGUGGAAGGUGCCAUAUGUUCUCAAAACAGACUGGAAUUGACAGAUACAAUCAGUACUGAUCUUCCACUGACUAACCUGAAGUGGAUCAGGAUUGACUCUGUUAGCAAGAAGGUAUCUGCUGAUGUUGUUACUUUGCCUGUUUAUCUCAACCGAACGCGAGCGGAACUACUGUUUACACUGGACUUUAAAACAGCCAGGACUACCACAGGAGAAGCUGCUCAUAGCUUUUAUGAGCGAGGUGUUGGCAUACUUUGCUCUUCUCUGGGUUGAAGAAAUGUGCAUAGAAAUGCUAUGACUGAUGUUUGUAGUGUAAUUGUUGACUUCAUUGUAAUCACAUGGUUGCUUUGUUUUGUGUUGUUAUUUGUGUACUUGCGUGUGCCAGGAGGAUGGAUCAGUGUUGUACUUUGUGAGAGAAGGAAAAGCAGAAGAGCA